AUGGCGCGGUCGCCGGCCGGUGCCGCGGCGGCGGACUGGCGCUUCGUGUACGUGGCGGAGGCCCACGCCCAGGACGAGUGGCCGCUCCGCUCGGCGCGCUUUUCGGCGGACGGCCAACCGGUGGUUGUCGACCAGCCGAAGACGCUCGACGCGCGCCUGGGACUCGCGCGGCGCUUCAAAGCCGACUACGGUAUCGAGUCGCCGCUCCUCGUGGACGACCCGGCCGACGAGGCGUUCGAGCGCCUCUACGCGCCGUGGCCGCUGCGCCUCUACGUCGUGCGCGGCGCGACGCUCGCCUGGAUCGCCGAGCCCGACGGCGCGACGUUCGAGCCGGCCGUGGCCCGGCUCCGCGCCAUGUUCAACCUCGAGUGA